UUACGUUUUCGGCGGUAGGGAUUCAGAGCACAAGGAGCUAAACGAGCUCUACUCCUUCGGCACACCCAACAACAAAUAGACGCUCCUCUCCGACGGCGACUCCGGACCACCGCAACGGAGCUACCACUAGACCAUGGCCGACGAUCGCCGCGUGUACAUCUUCGGGGGGUGUGGGGAUUCCGGUCGCUUCAACGACUUGUGGGCUUACGAUCCAGUAGAUGGAAAAUGGAUGGAGUAUCCAACAGGAGGGGGAGGGUUAAAGGGCCGAGGUGGGCAGGGUCUGGCUGUGGCCCAAGAUAAAAUAUGGGUCGUGUACGGAUUUACGGGUAUGGAAAUGGACGACGUUCACUAUUUUCAUUUGGCCCAAAACAAAUGGUCCCAAGUUGAGACUAGUGGGGAAAAGCCGACGGCUAAAGGCGUGUUCUUCAUGUGUGCGAUUGGGAAGUACGUGUAUAUAUACGGUGGGGAAGUGGACCCCAGCGAUCUGGGUCACUUGGGGCCGGGAAGUUCGCGGGAGAGGUUUACGCGUUGGACACGGAGGCGUUGGAGUGGAGGAUGGGCUGGGCUUAGAGAGUCGUCCUGGGCCGAGGGGUUAUUUUUAAGGACGUUCUACGCUAUUAGCCUAAUUAAAUAGGCUAAGAUUACAAAAAUGUCUCACAUCCACUUUUUUUUUUUUUUUUUUAUUUAUUUUUUUAUUUUUUUUAACGAAUAGCCUAAUAAGUUACAAUAUUUAUUAAAGGUGGAAAUAGAAAAUUUGGGAGAAAAGAAUAAUAUUAGUCUUCAUAUUUUUAUCCAUUAGCAACACCAUUUUUAUAUACUUUGUGUAAAAGGACAAAAAAUGGCACAACUA